GACUCCAAUCUAAACUAAAAUUGGAAGAAUCUACACAGAUGGCAGGACAACAGUGCUGUGACAAUCCACCGACUCUCAGCCCCGGCGCCGGAGUUGGCCACGUCGAACAAAUCGGCGGUCUCAGCUCCUACGUUUGCGGUCCGCCUGAUUCCAAGCUCGCUGUGAUUUUUGUCCCGGAUGUUUUUGGUUAUGAAGCUCCAAAACUAAGGAGCUUUGCUGACAAAGUUGGGGCUGCUGGAUAUUACACUGUGGUGCCGGAUUUCUUCCAUGGCAAUGCAUAUGAUACUAAAGAACCUAUCAUGGAAUGGAUUAAGGGUCAUGGCCCGGAUCAAGGAUUCGAGGCAGCAAAGCCCGUGAUUGAAACUUUAAAAAGCAAAGGCGUAACCAAGAUCGGAGCUUUAGGCUUCUGCUGGGGAGCUAAGGUCGUCGUGGAACUUGCAAAGUACGCAUACAUCCAAGCCGGCGUGCUGCUGCAUCCUUCCUUCGUUACAACAGAAGACAUUCAAGCUGUGAAGGUUCCGAUAUCGGUGCUUGGAGCUGAGAUCGACCAAAUGUCUCCGCCGGAGCUGGUGAAGAAAUUCGAAGACAUCUUAAACGCUAACCCUGAGGUCGACGGGUUCGUGAAGAUAUUUAAAGGAAUGACGCACGGGUGGAGCUGCCGGUACAAAGACGAAGACGCGUCGGAGAUUCGAUCGGCGGAGGAGGCCCAUAAGGACGCGUUGGAAUGGCUUCAUAAGCAUAUCAAGUGAGUAUUUAUUUGUGUGGCUUGGCUUGGCUUGUCUUCUUUGUUGCUGAAACUUUUCUGUGUUGUGACUUUUCUUGCCAUUGAUGAACAAAAUAAAAUAAGGUAAGCUUGUCUGUAUUUUCUUGUGUUACUUGUGCUAUUACUAUAACACCUAUGGAUUGUUUA